AUGACGGACGCGACAGCAUCGGUGCCAGCAAAGAAGGAGAAGCCGUCCAGGCUGGAUCGGCAGCCCGACGACCCCGCGGCGGCCAAGCCAGACACUAGCGAGUUCGCGGAAAAGAGUCAAGCAGCGCCCGAUUUUGCAUCUGCCAACCGCAACGCAUAUGAGGCGAAUCAACACCUGCCUCGCGAUGCAUUCCCUGCGUUGAGGUCGCCUUUGACGCAUCCUAAUGGCGUCCCGAUUUUCCCAGAUCUGUCGGCCGAGCAGGAGGUCACAGAAUCGUCAGAAGCCACAACGCAAGCCGAAAGCUCCAUCGUGGCAGACAGUGACGACAUGGCCUCGAUUUUCGACGGAACAGAAUCGGAUGGAGGAUACGGAAGCGACAGUGCGACAAACGCCAGUACUUCCGUCACGUCAUCAGUUCGAGAUUACAUGUACGAGAAUGGGCGACGCUAUCACCGCUUCCGAGAAGGACUGUACAACUUCCCCAACGACGAAGUAGAGCAGGAGCGUGAAGACAUGAAGCACGCCAUGGUGAAGCUCCUGUGCAAUCAAAAGCUUCAUUUUGCGCCCAUUGGCGAAUGGCCGCAGCAAAUCCUUGAUAUCGGGACGGGGACAGGCGCGUGGGCCAUUGAGAUGGGCGACCAGUUUCAGAGUGCAACAGUGCUAGGAGUCGAUCUCAGCCCCAUUCAACCAGACUGGGUACCGCCAAAUGUCAAAUUUGAAGUCGAUGAUGUAGAAAGUUCGUGGUUGUAUCCGAGGAACCAUUUUGACUAUAUCCAUUCUCGACACACGGUCAUGGCCAUCAAGAACUGGAGGAAUAUGUUCCACAGGGCAUAUGAGCAUCUGAAGCCUGGCGGCUGGAUCGAGUUGCAAGAGAUUCAUCAUUUCCCAUCAUCGGCAUAUAACGCCAUGCCGCCUUCACACCCAGUGGCACAAUAUUGGAGUUUCGUAACCCAAGGGCUCACGAGCCUCGGCAUCGAUUUCAAUGCUGCCGCAGGGGAUCGGUUGCCCAACAUGAUGCGCGAGGCUGGGUUCGUCAACGUGACGGAGAAGAUUUUCCACGUGCCGCUUGGUACAUGGCCGCGAAACAGGGUGCUCAAGACAGUAGGCAUGUACUGGAGGACGAUUCUCCUCGACGGACUGCAGGCCAUUGCUCUCGGCCCGCUGACUAGAGGACUGCUGUGGACACCAGAGCAGAUUGAAAUGUUUCUCGUCAGCGUGCGGCGGGCGUAUCACGAUAAUGCGGCGUUGAUGUACAUGCCAUUGAGGAUCAUGUAUGCGCAGAAGCCGGCGUAUGGGGAUUUCCCUAGGUAUUUGUAG